AAUGGUACCCCUCAUCUGAGCAGUAUCUAUGUGGUCUAAGAUUUUUCAUAUCCCACCCCUGUCUGAACCGGUAUAAAUUUAGCCGAACAGUGUGACUCGUUCCUUUUUCUCCAGUCUGCUCAGGGCUGUCUGUAGUGCUUGUAGUCAGUAAAUUUACAACAUGGGUAAGGAAAAGAUUCAUAUUAACAUCGUGGUUAUCGGCCAUGUCGAUUCUGGCAAGUCCACCACCACCGGCCAUCUGAUCUACAAAUGUGGAGGCAUCGAUAAGAGAACCAUCGAGAAGUUUGAGAAAGAAGCCGCUGAGAUGGGCAAGGGCUCCUUCAAAUAUGCCUGGGUGCUGGACAAACUGAAGGCCGAGCGUGAGCGUGGUAUCACCAUUGAUAUUUCUCUCUGGAAAUUUGAGACCAGCAAGUACUACGUCACCAUCAUUGAUGCCCCUGGACACAGAGACUUCAUCAAGAACAUGAUCACUGGUACUUCUCAGGCUGACUGUGCUGUGCUGAUUGUCGCUGCCGGUGUUGGUGAGUUUGAGGCUGGUAUCUCCAAGAACGGACAGACCCGUGAGCAUGCCCUGCUUGCCUACACUCUGGGAGUCAAACAGCUUAUUGUUGGAGUCAACAAAAUGGACUCCACCGAGCCCCCCUACAGCCAGAAGCGCUAUGAGGAAAUCACCAAGGAGGUCAGCGCCUACAUCAAGAAGAUCGGCUACAACCCUGCCACCGUUGCCUUCGUUCCAAUCUCUGGAUGGCAUGGAGACAACAUGCUGGAGCCCAGCACAAACAUGACCUGGUUCAAGGGAUGGAAGAUUGAGAGGAAGGAAGGGGCUGCCAGUGGUGUUACCCUUCUCGAAGCCCUGGACUCCAUCCUGCCACCCACUCGGCCCACCGACAAGCCUCUUCGUUUGCCUCUGCAGGAUGUGUAUAAGAUUGGAGGUAUUGGAACUGUGCCUGUCGGACGUGUUGAGACCGGAACUCUGAAGGCUGGUAUGGUUGUGACCUUCGCCCCUGCCAACGUGACCACUGAGGUCAAGUCCGUUGAAAUGCACCACGAGUCUCUUGCUGAGGCUCUCCCCGGUGACAACGUUGGCUUCAACGUUAAGAACGUGUCCGUCAAGGACAUCCGUCGUGGUAACGUGGCUGGAGACAGCAAGAACGACCCACCCAUGCAGGCUGCCAACUUCACCGCUCAGGUCAUCAUCCUGAACCACCCUGGUCAGAUCUCUCAAGGCUACGCCCCAGUGCUGGACUGCCACACCGCUCACAUUGCCUGCAAGUUUUCUGAACUCAAGGAGAAAAUUGACCGUCGUUCUGGCAAGAAGCUCGAGGACAACCCCAAGGCUCUUAAAUCUGGAGAUGCUGCCAUUAUUGUUAUGAUCCCUGGCAAGCCCAUGUGUGUGGAGAGCUUCUCUCAGUACCCACCACUGGGUCGUUUUGCUGUGCGUGACAUGAGGCAGACCGUCGCUGUUGGUGUCAUCAAGGCUGUUGACAAGAAAGCCGCCACUGCCGGCAAGGUGACCAAGUCUGCUCAGAAGGCAGCCAAAGUUAAAUGAAUCGUCCCGUCAGACACACAGCAAGCCUCAUCAACAUCCUACACUGCAAUCUCUCAGAACCUGAGCACGGUUUUAAAGGACUGGCUUAUGCUGAUAAAAACCCACCGUAAAAGCUUCCGAAGGAAAGGAGGAAACCAUGUAUUUCUGAACAUAUUAGGAGAAAACUAUUAGAAAAAUAAACAAUGAUCAUUCAUCAGA